AUGUCUCUUGCCACAAAACUUCGUCGCGUGCGCAAAAAUCCUCCAGAGGGUUGGGCGACGAUCGAACCGACUUUGGAACAAUUUGAGGUAAAUAUUUAUUUAAAUUCGAGUUUUAUUAGUAAUUUCAGGCUAAGAUGCGAGAAGCAGAGACAGAGCCGCACGAAGGAAAGAGAAAAACGGAAAUUAACUGGCCAAUUUUCAGGUUUACUUCGAAAUUCGAAAAUUUUUGAUCAUUGGUAAGGUUUGCAGAAUUCAUCACCAAAGGUCUCGAUACCUUUACAAUUUGUAUUAUAAGGAAGAAGCCAUCUCACGGGAGCUGUACGAGUUUUGUUUACAGGUAAAAAAAUUUGUGGUGAAGAUGUAAAUAGUUAUAGAAUUUCAGGCCAAGCUAGCUGACGCGAAUUUGAUCGCAAAGUGGAAAAAGCAGGGUUACGAGAAUCUGUGCUGCCUUCGGUCAGUUUUGAUUUUGAUUUUUGGGGGGAGAAUACUUAAAAAAAAACUUUUUAAUAUUUUGAUAAGACCCUAGUCAAUCUUUUCAAAGUUUCGUUACAAAGAAAAAAAAUAUAUUGAAGUGUUGAAUUUUUAGAAAAGGUGAGAAAUAAAUACAGGGUUUGUUUUAAGAUUCCAAAGCGUUUUUAGGCUAACUAUCUCUAAUAAAAAAUGAUAGGCUUUUCAAAAUUUUUGACGAAAAUAGUUUCGGAACGAUAAAAUCAGAAGGUCAAGUCGUUACGCUCUUUUUUUCGCCUUUUCAACACCUCUCUCGGGUCUUUUUAUAGGGACUCGUUUCUCUGAAAUUUUCUCGAGUCCGUCGUUUAUAAUUUUUGAAAAAAUGCCUCAAGGUCCGCAGGAAAGAUGAUCAGUAGCUGCUUAUUUUUUCCUGCGUUUUUCUAUAGAUGCUUCAAGUUUGUUUCUUAAAAAAAGUCAUUUGAAUAAUUUCGAGAUUCAGAACGAAUUUUUGUAUGUGUAAAGGCACCGAAGCCUUGCAAGACCCGAUAAAUUGAAGAAAAAUCUUUUUUUGCCAGAAAUAAAAAAAUUUUUGUAUGCCUCUUCAAACAUCCUAGUUGAAACAAGCAAAAGUUAAUAAAAAAAUUUUUCACGUAAUAAUCAGAUUAUUUUAUAUUUUAAAGUUUUUAUCGCAUGAAAUUUGAAGUUAGUGAACUAUUGGUAUCAAAAAGUUCUAUACAAAAAUGUUUUUUUCAACACGCUCUAUAUAAAUAGGAUUUUGAAAAUAUCACUUUCUUGGUCAACAAAGGAGAAAAAAAGACAACUAAAAAUGGAUAAAAACUGUUGAAUCAAGAGGAUGAGUCAUCGCACUCAAAGCUCUCAACGUUUUGUCUAAGUGAUUCCAUUUAUUUCACCACGAUAUUUUCUCACUCAAUGUUUCUUUUUUUUUCGCUUCUGAUGAAAAGUAAGAAAACGCGAGACGGUCAGGUUUGAAAAAAAUAGAAAAGAAAAAGCUACCGUAAAUACAAACUUUUGUUCUAAAAAACGACAGAAAAAAAAACAAAGGUCUUGAAGCGAAGAUUCUCAAUUUUGAUCUAAUUUGAAUUUCGGCAUUUUUGGCGAAGAGAAAACGUGACAAACUGGCACGAAAUAAGCUAUAAAAAUCUUUCAAAAUUUGGUACCUUUUUUUCUAUUUUUUGGGAUAUAAUCAUACUCCAUGAGGUAUCAUCUGUAAAGUAUACAGUUUACAAUCGAUAGUUCUCUUUUCUAGGGAAUUAGAAGCGAAAAUCGAAAUAAAGAAAAAUGAGAAAGUUUUAAUCGAAGCGUUUAGUUGGUUGAAACGUUCAAUUUAUUUCUUGAAUAAUUGAAAAGUUGUGUAGGCCUUAUCCAGUUUCACUUUUUGGGUUUUGGUCUUGAUUUCGAGGUUAAAUUAUCAUUUUUCGGUGAUAUUUUUGGAAGUUUUUGAUUAUUUUGUCAAUGAUUCGAAACUUUGAAAAACAAUUUUAGCAAGAAAAAAAUCAAGGUCGUCCUGCGCGUAGCUCUGAUCACUGGGCUGAAUUAUAAAAAAUCAUGAACACUUUUAAUAUUUUCGCUUUUGAGUGCUCCUCAGUACGAAAUCGGAAUUCUUACAGUUGCAUCCAAUCACGAGAUUCAAACUUCGGCACCAACUGCAUUUGCCGAGUUCCGAAGAGCAAACUCGACGCGGCGAAAGUCAUCGAAUGCGUCCAUUGCGGAUGCCGCGGGUGCUCCGGAUGA